AUGGGUGGCGGCGGAGGUAAUAGCUGGCAGAGCCAAUGGGGUGGUGGUGGAGGAGGACAGGGAGAGGGGGGAGGCGGAGGAGGAGGACAGGGAGGGGGAGGAGGCGGUGGAGGACAUGGGGGUGGUGGCGGAGGAGGAAUGAUGGGUGGUGGUGGAGGAAUGUUGGGUGGUGGAAACGGAAUGAUUGGUCGUGGCGAAGCAGGACAGGAAGGUGGAGGAGGAGGUGGAGGACAUGGCGGGGGAGGACAGGGAGGUGGAGGAGGAGGUGGAGGACAUGCUGGGGGAGGACAGGGAGGUGGAGGAGGAGGUGGAGGAGGAGGUGGAGGACAUGCGGGGGAGGACAGGGAGGUGGAGGAGGAGGUGGAGGACAUGCCGGGGGAGGACAGGGAGGUGGAGGAGGAGGUGGAGGACAUGCCGGGGGAGGAGGGAUGA